AAACUUGAGACAUCAACCUAUGAAGACUGUGAAGACAAUCCUGAAUAGUAAUUGUGAAUGGUGUUGCUGCUAGACUUGUUCUGCAGAGCAUCUGAAAUGAACCUCUCUUAUUGAUUCUUUUUAUUGGCCCAGAGCUAGGAGUACUGCAUUCAGUUGACUUCAGGGUAAAAAGAAAACAAUCUUGGUUGUCAUCAUAAACAUAUGAACCAGUGUGAUGGUGAAAUGAGAUGAGGCUCCGAAAUGGAACUGUAGCCACUGUUUUAGCAUUUAUCACUUCGUUCCUUACUUUAUCUUGGUAUACUACAUGGCAAAAUGGGAAAGAAAAACUGAUUGCUUAUCAACGAGAAUUUCUUGCUUUGAAAGAACGUCUUCGAAUAGCUGAACAUAGAAUCUCACAGCGCUCUUCUGAAUUAAAUGCCAUUGUACAGCAGUUCAGGCGUGUAGGAGCAGAAACAAAUGGAAGUAAGGAUGCAGUGAGUAAAUUUUCAGAUAAUACCCUAAAGCUAUUAAAGGAGUUAACGAGCAAAAAAUCUCUUCAAGUGCCAAGUAUUUAUCAUCAUUUGCCUCAUUUGUUGCAAAAUGAAGGAAGCCUUCAACCUGCUGUGCAGAUUGGUAAUGGAAGAAAAGGAGUUUCAAUAGUAAUGGGAAUUCCCACAGUGAAGAGAGAAGUUAAAUCUUACCUCAUAGAAACUCUUCAUUCCCUUAUUGAUAAUCUGUAUCCUGAAGAGAAGUUGGACUGUGUUAUAGUAGUCUUCAUAGGAGAGACAGAUAGCGAUUAUGUACACGGUGUUGUAGCCAACCUGGAGAGAGAAUUUUCUAAAGAAAUCAGUUCUGGCUUGGUGGAAAUAAUAUCACCUCCUGAAAGCUAUUAUCCUGACCUGACAAAUUUAAAGGAGACAUUUGGAGACUCUAAAGAAAGAGUAAGGUGGAGAACAAAGCAAAACCUAGAUUAUUGUUUUCUAAUGAUGUAUGCUCAGGAAAAGGGCAUAUAUUACCUUCAGCUUGAAGAUGAUAUUAUUGUCAAACAGAAUUACUUUAACACUAUAAAAAAUUUUGCACUUCAACUUUCUUCUGAGGAAUGGAUGAUACUCGAGUUCUCCCAGCUGGGCUUCAUUGGUAAAAUGUUUCAAGCGCCAGACCUCACUCUGAUUGUAGAAUUCAUAUUUAUGUUCUAUAAGGAGAAACCCAUUGAUUGGCUCUUGGACCAUAUUCUCUGGGUGAAAGUCUGCAACCCUGAAAAAGAUGCAAAACAUUGUGAUAGACAGAAAGCAAAUCUGCGAAUUCGCUUCAGACCUUCCCUUUUCCAGCAUGUUGGUCUGCAUUCUUCACUAACAGGAAAAAUUCAGAAACUCACGGAUAAAGAUUACAUGAAACCCUUACUUCUUAAAAUCCAUGUAAACCCACCUGCAGAAGUUUCUACUUCUUUGAAGGUCUACCAAGGACAUACACUGGAGAAAACUUAUAUGGGCGAGGAUUUCUUCUGGGCUAUAACCCCGAUAGCUGGAGACUACAUCUUGUUUAAAUUUGAUAAGCCAGUCAAUGUAGAAAGUUAUUUGUUCCAUAGUGGCAACCAAGAACAUCCAGGAGAUAUUCUGCUAAACACAACUGUGGAAGUUUUGCCUUUUAAGAGUGAAGGUUUGGAAAUAAGCAAAGAAACCAAAGACAAACGAUUAGAAGAUGGUUAUUUCAGAAUAGGAAAAUUUGAGAAUGGUGUUGCAGAAGGAAUGGUGGAUCCCAAUCUAAACCCCAUUGCAGCCUUUCGACUUACAGUUAUUCAGAAUUCUGCUGUUUGGGCCAUUCUUAAUGAGAUUCAUAUUAAAAAAGCCACCAACUGAUCAUCUCCUAAGAAACCAGUACACUUUUUUCCUGUGAAUUUGUUAAUUAAAGAUAGUUAAGCAUGUA